AUGAAGAUCUCUCAGCUUCUCCAAGUGAUUACCGUAGCGCUGCUGGUUAUUGCGCUUUUGCCCGAGUAUGGCGCCGCAUCAGUCGAUGAUAUUGGCCUGAACGCCGAUUUCGAGCGAUUUGCUGUCCGAUCGUCACGCGGUAAUGCACGCCUACGGCGGAUGAGGAUUCUUGCUGGUAGCAGCACCACUUCCGCCGGCGGAACGAAGACCACCGGCACCACCGCUACGGGCACCACUGGCACCACCGCUUCCACCGGUACCACCGGUGGCACGAAGACCACCGGUACCACCGCCACGGGCACCGUCGGCAGCACCACCGCCACAGGCACCGUCGGUAGCACCGGCUCCGGCGGCAGCACGGCCACCGGCGGCGGCAGCUCCACUUCCGGCGGCAACACGGUCACUGGCGGCGGGAGCACCACUUCCGGCGGCAACACGAACACCGGCGGCGGAAGCACCACCUCCGGCGGCAACACGAACACCGGCGGCGCGAGCACCACCUCCGGCGGCAACACAAACACCGGCGGCGCGAGCACCACCUCCGGCGGCAACACGAACACCGGUGGCGGCAGCACCACUUCCGGCGGCAACACGAACACCGGCGGCGGGAGCACCACUUCCCGCGGCAACACGAACACCGGCGGCGGGAGCACCGCUUCUGGCGGCAACACCGACACCCGCGGCAGCUCCGCUUCGGCCGGUAACACGAACAGCGGUGGCAGCUCCGCUUCGGCCGGUAACACGAACAGCGGCGGCAGCUCCGCUUCGGCCGGUAACACGAACAGCGGCGGCAGCUCCGCUUCGGCCGGUAACACCAACAGCGGCGGCAGCUCCGCUUCUGCCGCCCAAUGGCUGCCUGCAGAACCAAACCCUCUGUGGCUCUCUCUGCGCCUACUUGAAGUCGGAUCCAAACCAUUGCGGCAGCUGCAACCGAUACUGCGCCACCGAUUUCAUGUGCUGCUCCGCCACCUGCACUUCGCUGCUCACCGACAGGAAGAACUGCGGCAAAUGCGGCAGGUUCUGCCGCGGAACCUGCAUCGCUGGCGUUUGCGACUAUGGUACCGCCGGCACGCCGUUGAAAACCAAAGGCUCUAG